AUGACUCUCUACCGUGAUAACUGUGCUCUCGUGCCGCCCCAAUACCCGCGAAGGGAAGCGCAAGAGGCGGAAAACCACCGCGCGAUGUCCGCAUUGUUUGAACUUAUUGAAAACGCCAUCGCCACUGCAGAGAAUUACGUGAUGUACACAGAAGGAAGACUGCUGCCACUCGCAGAGCGCGGCACAGAUCUCGUGAACGCCGAAUGUGAACUGAACGAACGCUACAGACACGAAGCCCCGUGUGGAUGGACAGAAGAGAGAGUCAUGGAGCACUGCGAUCAACACGUCACCCGAGAUGAGAUCGCGGAGAUCAUCGCAAAGCCGCCAAUUGACAUCACAGGUGUGCAGAGUAUAUUGCGUACAUUCCAGGACGCACCAACACAACUCCCACGCGGACGCUUUCUGCUCAUGCGGGAAAACCUCACCGCACUGAAGCCACACCAGCCGCCAGACAUUAACCGUGACCUUUCCGACAUUAUCGGUGCACUCUACGAAAUACAAUACGUGGAUCUUAUGGCUGAACUACGCGAGGAACUCUCUGAACUCGAUGUGGAGCGUGAUAAGGCACAAGAGAAGUUGGAUGAAGCCAUCAGUGCCCACGAACGCGCUGUUGCUGGAGGUGAUGUGGUGGAAGUGGAACGUGCCCAUCGUCAACUCAUCGCCGCACGUUAUGAGUUUGUGGCAGUCGCUGCCAAACGCAUGCAGCGUAUUCUCGGUGAUGACAUUGUCGCCCAGGAAAUGGGAUUUGCUGCACAAAUGGAUGCCUUGCAGCAGGACGCGGAGAAGGCGGUUGAGCACUUCGCAGAUGCUCUACGAUCACGUCGCAAUGACAUUCGUGAUGAUAUUCGUAACUGUGAUAAGAAACGUAUUGAAGAGGAUGGUAAUCAUCAAAAAUGUUUGGAUGCAUACCGUACAAGUGAGAAGGAGUCAGAUGCGGAGCUUCGAAGGAUUGUCAAAAAGAAGCAAAGUUUGGUUGAUGAAUUGCUUCAGAAGGCCCGGGAACUACGCAGUUUGAUGGAAAGACAAAAAUCAGUUGUUGAGGCGCAUGUACGAGCGAAACGAGCUGAAGAGUUGCGUGUGACAACAUAUAAUGAGUUUGUGGAUAUGGAGGAACAACAGAAACGCCGAUUGUUGCAGUGUCUUGAAUACUUUGACCGUCUUGAAUCGUUGGUACCCAACCUGCAGGCAUAUAUUGAUGAUAUGAUCACCCGUAUGCCACGAAAGGGUCUUCGUGAGGCGAUGGAGAAACUUAAUGAUAUUGAGGCUGGUGAUUUUAUGGAUGCCUACAGCAAGUUUGUCUCCUGCUGCAGUGAUCUUACUGUGAAGAAGUUACACCGCCUUGACACUCUUGAGCGCCAGGCACGACUUAUGGAGCAUAAUCGCAACUCCUCCAUGGAAAGUCUUGACCCGAAUAUGAACAACUACCGUGUGGAGCUUGAGGACCUUAUUGAGCAAAUGAAGGGAGUCUCUGGUGUGAUCAACGCCCUUAAUGCCACGCAGGAUGCCGGUGAGCAACUCUUCCAAAGUGUUGAAGAAGGUGUACGUGCCAAGUAUGAACGGGCUGCAGAGCCGUUUGUGCAUCCACUGCAGGAGUGCGGUUUACGUUCUGUGGAGGAACGCGGCCGCUUUGUCGAUCGCUCUAUGCGUUACGUUGAGGACGAAGAGCGUAAAGUGCAGGAGAAGAAGAAUGUGCUGCGCCGCAUGCGACAGGCCGUUGAGGAAGAUGAGGCCGCCACAGAGUUGGCACUGCGCAGUUCACCCGCCGCCCAGGAGUACUGA